GUAUUCUGACCCAAGUCAAAUACAUAGCAGUGUACUUCCUGUUCAUUUAGCUGCAAAAGUUUAACCAUGAACCUAUACAAUGUAAGUUCAAACGGUUCUUGCAAGGGUUGUUGUCUUUAUUAGCGGCUAAAGGUUCGUCAGUCGGAUUACAGAGUCGUUAUUCGAUAAACCGAACAAACCGAGGAAGUACAGUGACGGUCCGAGAAGAAUUUUUCCUGAGUUUAACUGAACCGAACAACGUUCAUGGAGCUGGUGAUCCGCCGCUACCGUCCAUCAGACAAGGACACGGUGCGGCACCUGUUCAGUAGCGGCAUCAGGGAGCACAUGGGCCCAUGUUUUCAGAAUGCCAUGACGAGCCCUCUACACCUCACUAUUACUCUGUCUCUGGGUUUGGUCGGCUACCUCCUGGACUCUUUGUUUACAGCCCUGUUGCUGCCAGCAGCCUGGGUCGGACUCAUCUACUGCUGCUCCUAUGACCUAUUCGCCAGGUAUGUCGCAGCGAAACUGAAGACAGACAUGCAGGACAUUGAUGGGACGUACAUGAGCAGACCGGAUGACUGCUUUUGGGUGGCAGAGGCUGAGGUCGACGGGGCAACGCAGGUCAUCGGCACGGUGGCUGUGUUGUGUACAGAAAGUGGGAAUGAGAGGCAUGGGGAAAUGUUCAGAAUGAGCAUCUCGCCAAAGUCCAGGCGGAUGGGACUGGGCUGCAGGUUGACUCAGACUGUGAUUGAUUUCUGUAAGGAGCGAGGCUUCUCUAAGUUGGUGCUAGAGACCACCUCCACCCAGAUGGCUGCUGUGAAUCUGUACAAAAAACUGGGGUUCAAACUUGUCUUCACACACAAAGACGCAUACUCUCCCUCCUGGGUGCUUGCAUUGGUCCAAGUCACCAUUUUAAAAAUGGAAAAACUUUUAUGAAGCUGAAACACUUUUAAAAAAAGUAAUGAAAGGCUUUAAGAUGUGAAGGUGUGAGGAUAUAAAAUGACAAUAUUUAUGUUGUAUCAGAGUAAAUCAUUUUUGUUUAAUGGUGGGUUUUGGUUAAAUUAUGCUAUUUCAGUCUGAUUAUGAUGCAUUAACCUUCAUUACGUUUGGUUGUCUCUAAAGUAGAACGACUAAAAAUUGUUCUAAUUUCUUGUUUACACUUGUUAAAUGUUUAAUGCAUGAAAACUUAUCAGUUUACUUCACUCCACCUAUUGAAUAUUAUUGACUGUGUUAUUGAUUUGACCUAUUUCCACUAACUGUUUUUAUAACAAUUUUGUUCUCCUGAAAAAUGUCUUCACUCAAUAUAAAAUAAAGAUUAUUCUUUCUGAUA